AUGGAUGGAGCCCAUUUUAACCGCUUGGUGGACAUGCUGAGACCGUCGUUGAGCGUAGACGGUGUGAUGUCAACGAGAAGAACUGGAGUUGCUCCUAUAUCUGAAGAAGUUGUCCUACACUGCACGCUCCGCUACCUUGCUGGCGGUUCGUAUCUGGACAUUCGCGAUGUAGCCCAACUAAGUGUGGCUUCCUUUUAUCGCUGUUUGAACAAGGGCAUCUUUGCUAUUCUCAACUGCACCGAGUUGGCUAUUCAGCUUCCUACAACCCCAAGAGAGAUUGAGUGCGCAGCAGCCGAGUUCGCAAAAUCGAGCUCAGAAGGUGUUUUGGACGGCUGUGUUGGCUGCGUUGAUGGCAUGCUUGUCCGAAUUAUUACACCAACGCGGAAGCAAGCAGGUGGUAAUGUUCGCGCUUACUUUUCGGGGCACUAUCAUCACAUGGGUCUCAAUAUCCAAGCUGCAUGUGAUCACCAAUGUCGCUUCAUCUAUUUUGCUGUCGCUGCACCUGGUGGAUCCAGCGAUUUAUGGGCUUUCGCAAGAACUAAGCUGGCAACGUACGUGGGCAAUCUUGGUAAUAACCGAUAUUUUAUCGGCGAUGGAGCGUAUAUGCCUUCAGAGCACAUGCUCACGCCCUUUUGGAGGAACGGGACGGCUGAACAGAGCGCACGACACGUUCGACUUUUACUUAAGUCAGCUGAGGAUUAA